CUUAAAGAAGAUCUUAUGAGGACAGUUGUAACUAAGUACUUCUCUUUAACUUUUUUCCUCCUCUUGCAGAUCCGUGCAGGAUCAAGAAUCUUGUACAGACCAAUUUCAGCAUCUGUGUUUUCUAGGCCAGAGGCAAGGACUGGAGAGGGCAAAUCCACGCUUAUUGGGGCCCAAAACACUGUCUCUCAACUAGCACUUAGAGAAUUCCAGACUAGUGCUAUCAGCAGGGACAUUGAUACUGCUGCCAAAUUCAUUGGUGCUGGUGCUGCCACAGUAGGUGUGGCUGGAUCUGGUGCUGGUAUUGGAACAGUCUUCGGUAGUCUAAUCAUUGGCUACGCCAGAAAUCCUUCUCUGAAGCAGCAGCUGUUCUCAUAUGCUAUCCUGGGAUUCGCCCUGUCUGAAGCUAUGGGUCUCUUCUGUCUGAUGGUUGCUUUCUUGAUCCUAUUUGCCAUGUGAAAUGAGAUCUGCCUGUAAUAUUGGCGUUGGAAUGUAAUCUUGCAUAUUUUAUGGGACUCCCAAAAUGUUGGUGUCAUGGAAAUUGAUGCUAUUUCCAAAGUCAUUUCAUUAAAGAGAACGACUUUAACUGUCAA